UUAGUAUUGACAGUAAAGCGAUUGUUCUCGAAUGUCUUACACAUCAGAUUGUAACAUUAAUUAAUCUAUUCAAAAUUAAAUAUCUAUAAUAACCAUCCAACGUUCAAUAGUUUUAAAUAUAAAGUUUCAUCAGUAUCAGAGCAUUUGACAAAAGAAAAAAAAUGCGGGGAAGAUUAAUGACAGAAGAGUAUUUCCGUCAAAAAAGUACUGCAGUUUAUAUUAUACAUUUAGUAGAUUAUUUAAAUAAAAAUGAAAUUACGGAAGAAAAUUUAGAUAAUAAAGAUAUUUUGAAGGAUAUAAUACUCAAAGGAAUGGGAAAGAAAAUAUCCCUUACGACAAAAGAUAUUAAUGCCUUGAAAGAAGCUCUUUGUUUUUUUAAAAUUGAUGAAUUGAAGAAAACUAAUCUAUAUCGAAUAAAUCGUGGUAUAUUGGCCGUCGCUUGUGUUGAACAUGUCUUAUACCCCGGAGAAGACCAUAGAAAACAUAGAACAAUAUAUAGAUGCUGCGAUGAUCAGGCACCCAAUCUGUAUAAAAAACUGCGUGAACAUUGUGGUUUCACAACAGAAGAUGAACUCGACCCUGUUAUAGUUAAAUCAACUACUUCUUUUUUUAGGAGCAGGUUGUUUACUAAUAAUAAGACAUUCUUGGAAACGGUUCGAUCUUAUUUGAAAACAGUUAAUAUUAAUAUAGAAGAAAUGAUCUAUAUAAUGAAAGCGUCGAUUGAAUUUAUUAAUAAUAAGAAAACUGCUGAAACUGUUCCAUGGGAAAGAUAUAUUGUGAAUCGAGAAUAUUUUCAAAAAAAAGGAAACGCAGAUGCUCUUAUUAAUUUGGUGAAUUAUUUAGAGAACAAAGAAGUAAAAGAAGAAGAUAUAGAGAACGAAAAAAUUUUAAUAGAUAUACUACGCGAGGGAAUGAAAAAAUUCCCCAACAGACCACCUUCAAAAUUACAAUUAGAAGAGUUUAAAAAAACGAUUAUUAAUCUUACAAUUGAGUACUUGACAGUAACUAAUCUUUAUCGAAUAAAUCGUGGGAUAUUAACUGUCGUAUGCGUUGAAUAUGCUCUUUUUCCUGGACAAGAUUAUGAAGAGUACAAAAAGAUUUAUGACGGCAAUAUCUCUAAGGCCACCGCAUUAUAUAAAGAACUCUGUGGUAUUCCUAAAGAAAAUAAAGUCAAUGAAGCCUUAGCUAAAUCGGCUAGAUCUUUUUUUUGGUGUCGAAGUAGAAAUCUGGAAACGAUUCGUUUAUAUUUACAAAAUAUCGAUAUUGAUUCUGAGGAGAUCGAAUAUAUAAAAAAUGCGUCGAUUCAAUUGAUUAGAAGUAAUGAAGCUCUCUUUGCUGAUAAACCAGGGACAAAUACGAUAAGUCCAAUCGAAGAUCAUCCAAUAAAUGUGAUCACCAACGACGAGGAGACCCUUCCACCUAUGACAGUUAUGCCAUUAGUACAAGAUAUGUCAUUGGUAGUAGACCAGGGAUUAAUAAUAAGCAAUAAAGAUGAAUUAUCAACCAACAUGAUAAAUCUAAUCGAAGAUCAUCCAAUAAAUGUGACCAUUGAUGACGAGGAAACCCUUCAACCUAUGCUAGAUAUGCUAUUGGAACAUGUGGACCCUACUUCAGUAGUACCAAUACCAGUAGACCAGGGAUUUCUUUCCCGUUACUCUCCCAAUGAGGUGGUGUUGGCGAAAAGGUUCAAAUCGUAUUUCUGGCCAGCAAAAAUUAUUGAAGUCUAUAGUGAUAAGAUGCAUGUUACAUUUUUUCCUGUACCAGAAGAAACGGAGAAAGAGGAAGUCUCAUCGGAAGAAGAUGUAAGAGCUUUUACGGACGAAGAAAUCGAAGCCGCUUGUGCCUCUUUAUGUACAGGUUUAUCACAAGAAGCCUUUAAAAAUGCAGUGAAAUUUGCUUCAGCAGAAUUGAAUUGAAUACAUUCUCGUUAAUUUAUGCAUGUAAUAAAUCAUUUUAUUAUAAUAAUACUCCAGGAGGUCGGGGUUUUCAUUUCAAAAUAUUAGUAAUAAACUUAUAGCGACCCCAAAAGUUGAUACUCCGACCACUUCAAGGUAAAUAUUUUUUUUUUACAUUCAAUUGGAGGCCUUAGUGGAGAAUCGAUUAUCGAAAGAAUCAUUCAAAUGUAUAUUCUAAAUAAAUGCGUCAAUUUGCAAAUACUCUGUGAAAAUUGAAAAAAAAUGUAAAUUUGUACAAUAAAAACAAUUAAUACGUCUUGUUGUAUCACGUACCGUUUAAAAUUCCACA